AUGGCCUCAGACAUGGAGACCUCCGACGAUGAAGAGAGAACAUCAAGAACCGGUGCUGCUUCAACAUCUCAAAAUCAACCUGGGAGUGCUGCAAAUGCGGAUGAUGCUGAAUUUGAUAGGAUGUUGGGUGGCGAUACUGAUGAUGAUGAAAACAAUGACGAUUCUGACAGUGGAAUUGAAGAUCCGACAGCUGCGCUGAAGAAUCAAGUGGACCGAGAAAGAAGGAAAAGGGCUCAUGAAAGCUCUCAAGCAACCACCCGCAAAGUAAGAAAGGUUGUUGUGGGACAAAAACUUCCGAGUCAGUCCAGUGGACUAUCCCGCUCAAUUCGCAACUUCAUCAAGUUCAUGAUGGGAAUGCCUGCAUCCGUCAGUUCUUACCCAGCUGGCCCAACUUCAACAGAAUGGGGUAUUUGGCAUAACUGGACAAAGAAUCGCUACGACAAGGUGACAGCCCACUUGGAGAUUUUCUCAGAGAAGCAUAAGGAAGUGCCAAAGCCUACUUUCAAGAAAAUGUAUCGUGAAGAACUGGACCGCAUCCGCAAGAAAUUAACUCCACCGCCGUUUAUAGCCACUCCGGAUGUUUUGAACAGCGAGAUCAACAUCCCAAUGCACGUGAAGAAAUCUUGUGAACAGGAGAUCCAAAUUGCGGGAUUUGGACGUCUCACGUUUGAGUGGAAGGCUCGAUCGUUUACGACAUCACCUUGGAAUGGGACUCUUGGAACAAUAUUGAUGAAACACUACUAUCAAUGGGCCAAGUCACAACCUGGAACUUUUUGGGACGAAACAUCAAGCAUGGAGAAAAUAUUGGAUCGUUGGGUUCAAGGUCAGGGGAAAUUAAUGAAGAAGGCGGACCGGUCGGAUGGAAAAUCUUUGGAAGAUCUGAAAUAG